AUGCCUAGAUUAAAAAGUCUUCAGCAGGUUUUUGUAGGAUUUGUGGUGAGUUAUAUCGAUUAAUUAGGAAAAAAUGUUUAAUGUAUUGACUCUGUAACUCUAAAAUUGCUUUCAGCUAGUUCUCAUUGGCGUAGCGUUGACAGUAUCGGUUUAUACGGGGUUUCCUGGCAGCUUUACUCUUGUUACAGGUCAGAUUUUCCUUAACAGCAAUAUCAUGAGAAUCUUGAAUUUAGAACCUCCAAAAAAAGACGACCCAACAGUUCCGGUGACGUAUACGAUAGCAGCGCCUGAAUAUGAAAAUGACAAGUUAAGCAAAGAUAUUACGGUGGAUUCCGGGCAGGAAUUGAAGAUUGUGAAGUACCAUGAAUUUUACAACUUCAGUUUGACACAUCCGUUCGAGAAUGAUUGUAAAUAUCCAUUUCUCUUGCCGGGUAAGUUAAUUUGUAAAAUAAAUUAGGAGUGAUGCUUUUAUUUAGGGCGGUAAAAUAAAACUUCGUUAAAAAACAGAACAUUUGCUCUGGCUAGUAGACGCAUGUUGAAUCAUAAGUAGCUUUUCUGCAAUACUGACUGGUUUUUUGAUCUGACGUGGGAUUUAGAUGACCACUUGAGAUUUAGGCAGCGAUACAAGGAGUGUUACGGGGGUUUUUUAAAAUUUCUAAGCACUUUUUUCAAUCUGACAAUAAGGCUUGGUUUUAGCAUGCAUUUUUUACCAGAAUAGAUGUUUUUUUAUGUAUUGCUUUAUUCCUAUGACUUUAAGUCGAGCCAGACAUUGAGCCCAAUGUAAGACAUUACCGCCGCAUCGAUUGCAAACACAACUCGUCCGGCGUGAUCGUCGAGCAACUAAUUUCCGGUGAUAUAAUUGCCAGCUGUCCUCAUGGCUCUAAACAUCACAAAGGUCUCAAAUGUCGACUCAUCGAGUUAUCCGGGACACUGAAAAGGGACCGGGGGAAAGUCAAAAUGGAGGGCCCUUGGAUGGAUGUAAGUAUUUCCGCGUAGAGAACCAACUCUUUGUCUAGAGAGAUGAUUAAAUUUACACCCCCUUCUUGUUGGUUGCAGAUUCCCUUCAACGAACGGAUUACGGUGAACAAAAACAAUUUUAUGGUCAAAUGCGUAGACAAGAACGACAACGGUAGGGUUUGAGCCACAAGGUGACUUUAAAGAAGCUACAAACCCUCCCCCUGACUCUAAGCCGCUCAACAACGAAACGCUGGGGGUUUAGGCUUCAAUAACAGACUGUUAAAGCCGAUAUCCGCUAUCGGGAUACAAAGAUUCUUUUCAAAAUGACUGAAUUUAUCCGACAAAAACAUGGGAGUUAUGAUGGCCGAAAAGAGGGUGGAAAUUAAAAAUUAUUUUUUUUUUGGGAAAGCUGGAAUCAUUUGUUGUUGUGAAAAACAUAAAAAAAGUUUUGUAGAAAUCUCAAAAAUGUUUACAGUCUUACCGAAUACAGUCUUACCAAGUUCAAUAAAACCACAGCACCUUUACCACUCUCCGUGUAAACCAAUGCCAUAGUUUAUAGACCUUCUAUUACAACGAUCUCUAUGAAAGAAAUUGUAGUUUUUGGAAUCAUUGACAACGUUUCUGGCAGGUCUUGACAUAUGAAAAAUAUUUCCCAAUUUUCAAAUUGUAUAAUUACAGUGAAAAUUGUAGCGUAUCAAAACGAAAGCUUGGUACAUUUUUAACACAAAAUUCUGUUGAAAAAACGUUGCUUAACGUUCAAGUGGAUUCGGGAAGUUUUACGCGAUAGAAAACGUAUUAUUAUUUUGCACAUUUGGAAACGUCGUUCCCAAUAACAUCUUACAACUGAGGAUUCAAGAAAGCGGUUGGUUUAAAUCUCGAUAAAAAUGGGGGGCAAUGUACAGUAAUUAAAACGUGGUGGAGCCUUUGACCUGAUAAAACAGAGAAAUCUUUUAUUUUUUCUUACCGCUUCAAACAAUCCAAAAAGUUUUCCAGAGGUCUUCAAAAAUGUGUACGCUGGAGUAAAAGAGCCGGAGAAUCCGCCAAGGCUGGCUUCCGAGAAUCCAAACCGAUUUGGUGUGAACAUUCUUGUGUUUGACAGUACUGCCAGAGCUCAAUUCCUUCGACAUAUGCCCGAGAGUGUGGAAUUUAUGAAACGGUACAACUUUUCCGUGCUUUAUGGACACACUAAGGUGAGAUUGUGCCUGAUUUUCAAUUCUAUGGACAGAUCAUAGUGGCCUAUUCUUGGUUGUUUAAAUUCGAAAUGGCUUGAAAACCAAGAUUAUAGGAUAUAUAGUAUUUUAUGGUUUCUCUGACAUCUUUAAGUAACCAUAUUGCAUUUUACGUGGCCUUUUUGAUUUUAUUCGCAAUGAUUACUCAAGUCCCUCUAAUUUGUCUACUGUAAUCUUGCUCCUUUUCGACAAUACCUCAGGCCACUAAUAAUAGAAAUUAGGCCCAUCGGCUUAUCUGUUUCGAAAAUGUAUUCAGUCAAUUAAAUUUGCCGGAAAAGCGGCCAAGGAUUACCAAAACCGUGCUCAGAUUUAGGCACCUUCCUUUUUUAAUUUAGGCCCCCGUUUUGAGGGGGAUAUCUCAAACAAAGGGUCGGAUAUCAACGGUUAGGACUCCCAAAUUGGCUUAAUACCUAAAUUGCGAUGGGAUUAGCUGAGAGACCCUGAGGGCGAAGGGAGAAAGGAGAGAGUGAAAGUGGAUCAGAUUUUGGAUGGACGGUCAGGCCGAGGGGGCGAGACUGGAUUAGGAGCUAGCCGAAAAAAACGUAGGUUAAAGAUAGCCGCCGUGUGCCCUGUGGGGGCGAUGACGAGUUGCCUUUUAUCUGUGUGAUUAGAAACUCGUUAAAAUGGAUCUAAAGCUACUUGGGGGUAAUUAAAUAUUGGUCGGUUAGAACUAAUCCGGUCCAGAAAUGGCAAUUCGCACGGAACACGGGGAAUCAAAUUGAUAGCCGGAUAAUAAUAGACCAGACGACCUUUAGAGAGUCUACUGGACACGGUAGUGUAGUUCAUGGGCUUUGCGGCGGAUUGAAGUUAAAUUUGUUGCACGAAUUUUUUUUUCGGAGGAUCCCAGAAAAAUAGAAAAUGUGAAACAACAAAAUGAGCCUAGGUUGUUCUGAAAAGGCAAUUCCAUGAGUUAUGUCAGAAAGCUACCUCUUGACAGGUCUUUUCUGUCCUUGAAAUUUUUUUUAUAUGCUUUUCAGUGUAAUUCUCCUUCCAGGUUGGUGACAACUCAGCAAUCAACCUCGUCCCCCUUUUGUCCGGCCGCGUUUUCCAUGCUGCCAGUCGCGGGCUUGAGGAUCGGGUCCGCCCCGACCAGGAGAUCCCUUCGAAUCAACUAAAGCAAGAUUAUUGGGAGAAAUCCGAGUUCCUGAUCCAGCAGAUGCGCGAUGCUGGCUGUGCAACGCUGUGGAACGACGAUAUUGGCAACAAGAAUUACGGUCUCCUCAACUACUACCAGUUCAAUGGCUUUGCAAAACCCCCCGCCGAGUAUUAUUACAGGUAAAUCCGCGAAAUCCGAGUAACGUCAGAGGAUUUUGGAGGCUGCAGGGGAGAUGAUAAUCUGCAAAUAUUUUGGUUUUAACUCUUUGAGUCAAUAGUAUUUGAUCUUUGGCUUGCGGCCUUCCAAAUUUGGAGGAAUAAUCCGAUUUUGCUAAGCCUUAGCGGUAGCUUACAUUGUAAUAUCAUAGAGUAGAAUUAACAAUUGUCAUAAAAUCUGUUUUCACUGGAGAUUCAGGAACUUUCUGAAGACAUAUUCGGGGAAAACAGGUCAUAACAAGUGGUUCAUUACCCACCGAAAAGUGUCCAAGAUAUUUGCCUACACGACUUUAUUCACUUAGAUCUCCAUAUUAUCCGGAGGACUAUUUCUUUCGCAAUUUUGAAGAACCCGGAGUAUCUGAAGUAGUUCCUCUAGUUUGUGAUUUCCGCGAGAAUUAAGCGUUUCUGGAAGUCCAAGAAAUCGGUUAAUUAUAGUUUGGUAGAGAGAUUUAUGAUAAUCCAAUUACGUUCGUAUUUUAACAAGACGAAAGAGCUUUAGUGUGGCUAAAAAAAGCUAUGCGUAGAGUUUUGAUGGGUUUUGAAGGGGAAUUGAACUUUUAAAACCAAAAGUUUGACGACAACUUUCAAUUGCCCAAGAAGGAAGUUCUCAAGGCAAUAAUCAGAAAUGGAUAGUAUGUAGGCUUAAACUGAAAGUCAUAGCUUGAAAAACGUAAUAAGGGUUACAAAUUAAGGAAGGCUCUGCCAAAUUCUAUAAAAUUUACAAAAAUUGGCAACAUAGACUCCCAAUUAUCACUGUGAUAACCAAAGUCAUCAAUUUCAGGCCUUUUUACGCCCAGAUCUACAACUCUUUCAAGACCGCUCACACCUGUAUCGAACAUGAUUUCCUUGGACGUCGAUACAUUGAGAUUUGGGAACGAUUUGCCUCCAGGUUCCAUAAGAAUUGUCAUUUUGCCUUCAAUUUCUUUACCGCUUUGACUCACAACAAAGCAUCGGAUCUGGAGCUGUACGAUCGACCUUUGGCCAAUAGUUUUGCACGUUUGGCCUCGUCCUCGGAACUUUUCCAGAACUCUUUCGUCUUUGUAAUGGGCGAUCAUGGGCAACGGAUUGUAGGUUGUUAGAUUGAAAAACACUGUUUUUACUAUCACAGCAAAACAAUUGAUAAAAGACGUUGCUUUAAUCCGCUAAAUUGGAAUUUUUAGGAGCCAAUACAACGAAAAUACACCGGAAGAAUUGAAGAGAGAAUGCCAAUGGUCGGGAUUUUUGUGCCGCAGAAAUUCAGAGAAACGCAGCCGGAAAAAUAUCAAAAUCUGGUCAGAAAUCAGGUAAACAAUAAGGGUUUAUGGAAAAAAUAAAAAAAUGGAAACUUCACGAAUUUCCCGCAACUUUUUUAAUCCCUUUAGUUCGCGGUAUCCAUUUCUAAAAAAGCGAUAUGAGAAUUCUAGGAAGACCUUCAAAUCCCUCUUCCUCCUCGUGACUACAGUUUUUUUAAGCUCUUCUCUUUCACCUCCUCUGUGCAUGAUCUUAUUUCCAAAUUGUUAAUUUUUGUAAUAAUUUCUUUGGCUUGUUUUCUCCGAAAAACACGACCAGAUUUGUGGAUUUCUGGGUUCAUUAUCCUUUAGUUAUCUUCCGUUUCGCUCAUGACUGAUUAAGUCCGGAACAAUGGCCGGAAAAUGCGAUCUUGUCUGUGGGUUUUUGCCCCGAGGUCAUACCAUUGUCCCCUCAGCAUUACACGCGCUAAAAAUAUUGGUGGGUGUGGAAUGUAUUAAUGGAUAAUUAGGGCCGCAAACAACCGAACGAUGAUGUGAUUUAUCUGAGUGACAUUCAACACGUGGCUUGGAUUAACUCACAUUGUCAACAAAGUUUCCAAAAAACGUUUAGGAUGUUUCUUAGAAAGGGGGAUUGAAGAAAAAUUAUGCAAAGAUCACCGGAAGCGAUUACUGUAAACGCGAAUCGCAGGAGGAACCACAGUCUAGACGGCUAGCGCUAAUCCGAAGCACCGCUGCUGUUUCGCGGACCCCUCAAAGGUCGUCUCUGAACAUUGAGGGACGUAAAAAGAAAUGGGGAUUACCGUAAUUAGAGAUUUCAAGAAUCGGAAGUUUACGUCGUAUCAAAGGGUACGAUCGAUUUCAAGGGAGAGAGAAAGAACGGAAGUGGUAUUGUAAGAGGAGAAAUAAAAGCUAGGUUUUCAAAACCGGGACGAAUGUGAUCGCUUUUUCCAGAACUCUUUGUAUUGGCAGUGAAAGCUUCCAUAAGGCCAGUAGAGCUAUUUAUAAAUCGCGCUUUCUAUGGCGUAAACGAGAUGGCAAAAAAUUUUUUUAUAAUAAAACAUGGUCGGCAAGCAUGGCUACCGGGUCGGUAUGGCCUGUGCCCGCCCGUUUUGGCCUUAUUAGCCUCAAACAUGAGUUUUUUUACCUUGAGGUCAUAACUCUACAAAUUAGACCCUCAAAAAUUUUCAACCUACAAAAACCCUCUAAACAUCCGGGUUUCAGAACCGCCUUACCUCCAAUUUUGAUCUCCACGACACUCUUCGGGAAAUCCUCGGUCUCCCCGAGCACUCCGGAGGUCCAGUUGGUCAAUCUCUCUUCAAAGAAGUGCCCACAAACCGAAAUUGUAAAGCGGCCCAUGUCCCCGAGAACUUUUGUGUAUGCAUGGAAAACGCCGGUCCAGAUUGGUUGAAGGACGUGGAGACUGUAAGCCCUUUUAUUUUAUUAUUUAGUCAAGCUGGAGUGUAGAGCUUACAAUUAGGCCAACUUUCGGACUGUCGUAAAAAUCUAAAAAAACGAAAAAAGAAAAUUUUGACCUCCAAAUUUUAAGUUACCGAGUUUUAAAGAUCAUUGUAAAAACUUGCUUGAUAUUAAAAUUAUUAAUUGACAAUAAUUUCUCAUAUGUCUACCCUUCCGUUCCUCGGCUUUUUUCCGGAAAUCAAAAGUUUCAUCCACUCAAAACCUCCUCCGUUCAUCUUGUUUUGGCCACUGUUCAUUUGGCCAAUGAGAUCUCGGCCGAAAAGUAAUUUGCGUUGUUUUUUCGUUCCUUUUACUGGUUAUCAAGUUAUUAUUAUUUUUUCGUCACAAUGUAACGGAUUUAAAAGUUUUAAUUAAAAACCAUGUGAGUAAAUGUUGAAUCAUCCAAAAAUCAUCAAGAAAGUUGUUAAUGGUUGUAGGAUUAUUGUAGGUUUAUGCCUACAAACCGACUUUUGGUUUCCGUAAAAUUGUUGAGCAAACUAAACCUAUUGUUUAGAUUAUGCUUAUUGUUUAAAGUUUCGGUUAUGGUAGGUUACUGGGGCUGGCGAAAGAAGCGUUGAAAUGUUGGGAUUUCGACUUCAAUGAAGUUGGCGCAAAUUUAAUUUUGAAAUACUUAACAUAUCGGUUAAUUCAUGGGACAAAUUGAACUUGUGAGUUGCAAGUACUACCUCAUGAAAAAAUAUAUAGAGCGUUCUUUUACGAUUUGAAUGUUUACAGUGGGGUGUGCCACAUUUAUACAAACAAAUUCUUUGCGCUGAAAAGUAAAAAAGUAGCUACCCGAAUCCCAGAAAAUGUUUUUUGCCUGAACAGUUCUCAUGAUGACGCUGUGAGAACUCGCAAGCUAAAAUCUUUGGCGUUUGGCAUAAAGAUAGUGGGUAAGGUACUUCCUUCCUUUUACAGUGAACUUCCUUUUCACUGUUGUAUUUUUAUGUUGUUACGUACCCCCAGCUUUCUUAUAUUGCACUUUUUAUGUGUAGACACCAAUCUUUUUAACUUUACAAUUGUCUUUAUAGUACAGGUACACGACGCAGGAUAAUAAGUCUUCCAGUUUUAUGAUAGUCGAAUUAUGUCCUCAUUUCCGCCGCGAAUUAAAAUGACCCUCCGAAUCCCUAGAAUGAUCAAAAUUACACCCGCGUUUGGCUGAUUAAAGAUUAGCGAGGACGCGGAGAAUGCACCGCAAUCCUCUCCUCACGAAACCCACACUUUUUGACACCCUUUCGGGUUACGGUAGCAGUGUGUAAACACGUUAGCACCACACCAUGGGAUGUAACUUGAAUCCUUUUGUUUGGGAGAGUAAUUAAUUAUGCCAAACGGUCCCUAAUCCGCCUGUUUACCGAUCACGGUGUCAAUGGGGGAUUUCCUUCUUCUCGAACUACGCAAAUGAGAUUUAUUUUGUUUAUUACCAAAAAUAAGAAACGAAGAAUUUGAAAUUACCGCCCUUCCGGCUUCUUUCGCCCGGAAUGUUCGAAGCGAAGGCGGAAGUUCAAAUUGGCGUGACUGGUUACUGAAGAAGGAUGUGGAAAGGUUAUUGAACAGUAACAAACAGGUUAAAAAUCAGCAUAGAUGAAAUCAAGGGCAACUUAAAACAGCUGAGAAAGAUAACAGAUAAUUCCAUAAAUUUUUUAACAUUUAAUCUAAAUAGGACACAUUACACACCCAGAAAAUCCUACCUCACGGGUUUUUGGAGCGGCUACGACAGAGCACUUAGAAUGCGGAGAUUCGGUUUCCUCACAUUAUCGCCGAUUUCAGUACGGUUACUUUCUGGAAGGACUAAUAAAACGAACAUACAAAAGAGGAGGAGAUGCCAUCUCCAGUGGCUGGCUGUUGUCUCCUUCACGCGCCAGUUGUUGUAUGUUAACUGGUGGUGGUGAAGGUACGAAGUCAGCCAGAUGUAGAAAGGAUAAUAAGGAUAGAUUUAUUAUCAGUAAAAGUAAUAAUACGUACCAUCACACCAAACAUUCGCUGGAUAAAUGUAACAACUGAGAUCCCUUUUCCUUCCAUGCUUUGAGAAGCUUCGGAUGAAACGGAAUGCCAAUAACGUAGUCGUAGGUUUCGUCUCGGGACUCAGCACUAGCCAGUUGCAUUGUGCGACUUUGCGAUCCCCUUUACAGUCCUUUCAACGCACUAUUUGAUGUUUCAUUCAACGGUUUAAAACCUCUGCGAACUCUGGCAGACAAAUUAGGUUUAGGCCGUCUCGUGUCGACGAAAUAAUCGCUUUAUAAAAGUGCACUGUUACAUUUGUAAUUUUAAAUAAUUGGCUGUCACAUUUUUUGGAUUACGGAGCAAGAAGGACUCUCUGAAAAUUGUACUCGAUGGACUUUACAGUACUAUAAAUUAAUGUUUGGUCGCUGACGUCUUUAUAUACCGUAGACGGACAGGUGAAAACCAAACGGACUUGUUUGACAGAGAAGUUUUAAAGAGUUAGAAACUGCGGGCGUUUAUUGUAGCAGAUGGAAUGGGUAUUGCAGAUGUCAUCAGUCAUUCAAGACUUCGGAUCCCUUUUCCGAAUGCACUUCCAUACAUUAGUUCAAUUAAUACUAAGUCAGAUGAUGCUUAAAGUUCUAACAAUAAAUCUAUUGUUGUCUUUAGAAUAGAAGGGGGUCACAAAAGCAAGCAUUGAACAAGACGGUGACGUCUGAUCGCAAUUGUUUGACGGUGAAGUUGAAAGUAGCUUUGUUGAGAGUGUCAAUCACAACCCAGAGAUCUCGUAUACCUAUUCAGAGAUGACAAUCUCAUUUUUGGUAGAUUGAAUCAAAACGCUUUUGCCCAGCAUUGCACAACCGAAAAUCCCAGCUUUACAAGGAUCUCAACUUCCACUACUGUCACUGGGCUGUAACUUUAGAGCUAACGUAAAAAUUUUUACCAAAAUCAGAGGGCUUCGGGUGUGGACUGUUUUUUAAAAUAUUCCUUACCGUUUUAACCCACCACUAAUUUCCCCUCAUUAAAAAUUGAUUUCAUUCUUGACUAAUUCCUCAUGAUAUCUCCCUAAUUGUUUUGAAAGUCAAUAUUGCUCUGAGUUCCGGCUCAGUAAAUCCCUUCACAUCCGGCGCUUAAUUUAACCGGAAAAUCGCAUAAAUGAUUAGAAACAUCACACAAAUGUAAUAAUACAAUUCUGUCUGUGGAUGACUCAAGAAUUUUAGGGCGAUUAACAAUAAUUAGUUCGGGAUAUCCCGCUGUUUACGAAAAGAGAUUUAUUGGAGUUCCGCUGGGGCCAAUUGAGUAAUAAAAUGACUUUUUUAGGCCUUCCGGAGGAUUACUAAGCCGUUGGGGGAUCUCGUUGUGACAAUUGUCACAUGAAGGUAUCUUUUCGAUUUUUUUAAUUUGCAUACUGUAACACAGAUCUGUGUAUUCGUUUCUGACUACAAUAAGAAUGCAAUUACCUUUUAUUUAGAGCAAAAGAACCAAAAAUCUUUUUUUUACAGUCCUUAAUAUUCUUGCCAACACGGAAGGUCUCGCAUUUUACACCUGUUUUGCUUGAACCCUUUUCAACAUACAGUCUCGUCACUUCGUCAAGGAGCACUUUUUUACACAGUUCUCGGAAUCAAUAUAUCAUACGAAUAUGUGAGUUGUUCAGGUUGCUUUAUUCGCCAGGUGCAGAAUAUUUUGCACAGGAAGUUUUUAUCGGAAAACGGUGAAUAAAGAUAAGCCAAAAUACAGUCUAUCUUGUGACAGAAUUAGAAAUUUGCAAAAGAACCAAGGAAACUUCAUAAGUAAUUCUAACCAGAGUCUUAACUUUAACGAAAGUAUUAGAGUCUAAUUUAGAUACUUUCUUAUUCAUAGCUCGACAUAAAUCCCCAAACACUUCUUUUACUCAACGCCACCUUAUGCUCAAAAUAUUGCACAAAGAACAAAUUAAGCCCCCUUUUACUCCCAUAUCCUAAUAUCCAGUAUAUUAGCCUAACAAGUAGUCAUCCCGUCGGGUUUGGCCAAUGUUUGUCUUAUCGGUUUGGUGUAAUAAACAACAAAAAACUUUAUUGCAGCCGUCUUUGUAACAUUUCGAUAUUCUAAUCCCUUCGGUGCGGUCUACAAUAAACCAACGCCUCAGGGGAUUUGGCUUACCUUUUUUCAUUAAUGCCAAUAAGAAAAUCGUACUGCAAUCUUUUGACCAUGUUUGACAACAGCCAGUUUUGCAAGAGUAUUACACAUUAAACUGUAAUCCAAUCUGCAAGCUGGAAAAGAGACUAACAACAACGUAAAAUUGUGACUCAAACUCUGCUCAUUAAAAUAAUUAAAGCAUCCUUUUUUGGACCUGAAGUCAUCUUUUGCCAUAAUUUAAUCGGGUUUCCCCUCCAUUUGCCCUUUACAAACACUUUGGGGAUUGUCCAUGAACUUUUCAAGUAAAUGUCGAAAAAGGACAAAAAUUUUUUGUUGUAACGGUUCUUGGAAUGGUAUCUGAUGUAUAAAACAUCAAACCAUCAAACAAUUCUGAUAUUUGUAGCAGAAAGUGCAUGGAAUUAUUGUAAUUAGACGAAUUGCUAGGCACUUUCAAGUAGAACAGGACGGUUUAAAAGUAUAAUACGUAUACAUAAUACGAUAAUAAUGAUCCAAUAAGUUUGGGUUUUUAUUAUAAAAACUCACUUAUAUGAUAUUGGUAAAAAAAAAUGUUACAUGAACCUUAUUGCACUGUCCGAAUAAGACUUAAUUUUGGCGUCUCAAAAACCUUUCAAAUUUGCGCGUUUUUUGGAUAAAAAUAUAAAUUUAGAAAAGCCAUAAAACGUUUGAAAAUUCUUCUUUCUGUGCGUUUGUAAGGCUUUCUAAUACGAUCCCACAAUUGGAUUAAACUAGAUCAUCAUGUCCCACGUAUAAUUAGGUGUUCUUUAGUUGUCUAAUUAUAAACUUAAAAGUGUAGGUUAACAAUUAUAUGUACUAUAGUUUUUCUUAAUCCCGAUUAACUUUAUUAACUAUAUAGUAAAGCUAAAAUUAUUUUAAAAGGCCAACUAGCGUUUAGUGUUCAAGAGGAUUUGAGCAACUCUUAGUUGUCCAGAAUAUACUCUUAAAAUAUUUCAGGAUAAAUUGGAAGCUGCCUUCAAAGAGACCACCAGCAUUCGCCCUUCCUGCGUGGAAAAUGUUGUGUGGCCAAAAGCGGAGCAACUCCUCAAAUCAGUCUCUCCGUUCACGAUCAAUUGGCAAGCCAGAUUGGGAAUUCGUUAUCCAAAAGACGGGCAAAAAGUCAAAGAAUCUGACAAAAAAGAGCCAUCCAAAUUGGCCGACCUGGAAUUUAAUGGCGAUGUGAUUUUCAGUUUGAAAAACGCAACUUCAAUCACUGUUUCGUUGAUUGCAAGAGUUCGUUGGGACAAGUUCAGAGAUUCAUAUCAUAGCAUUGCGGAACCGUUGGUUUUGCGACCAUUUAAGGCGACGCUCAGUCUGUUUUGCGGGUUAGGAUAA